GAGCCAUUUACAUUAGAUGGAAUCCCUGUGUAGUAAUUAGCAUAACUGAAUCUAAUAGUGCAAGUUUGCGCUUUCACUUUGGCGUGUUUUCGUACUUCUUCUUAAGAUAUUUCUCGUUCAAACCUCAGUUCUACCGGAAAAUUGUCUUCGACCAGUUGCUAGGAUUAGUUACCAAGAAGUGGAGGCGGGUUAGCGAUGUGGUUUCGUGUGUGAUGUCCUAAAUCAGUGGAUAUAAGGAAAGCGGAAAUAUAAGCAUCCGGCUUGGGUGAACAUUGUACUGCAAACAUGUCUGAUGACGUAGGAAAACGUUUAGAACGUGAUGAAGAAUGUAAAACAUGGAUGGAAAUACAUGCAGUACAUGAAAGUCCAGUCUUACCUUUUUAUAUAGAGUGAAUUGAAAAUCGAGUACUGAUGGCAGAAAAUAUAACAGUCCAUUCUCGUGGCAAAGGCAAAACUGCAUUACUUGAUGCAAUUCAACAAAACAACGAAAUCGUGGUUCAUGCAUUGAUUGAUGCUGGUGCUGAUGUCAACAUAACUGAUAAUGAUGGUCAAACUGCUUUGUUUUAUGCAGUUCAACAAAGUAACAACGAAAUCGUGGUUCGUGCAUUGAUUGAUGCUGGUGCUGAUGUCAACAUAACUGAUAAUGAUGGUCAAACUGCUUUGUUUUAUGCAGUUCAAGAAAGUAACAACGAAAGCGUGGUUCGUGCAUUGAUUGAUGCUGGUGCUGAUGUCAAAAUAACUGAUUUUAUUGGCCAAACUGCUUUGUUUUAUGCAGUUCAACAAAGUAACAACGAAAGCGUGGUUCGUGCAUUGAUUGCUGCUGGUGCUGAUGUCAACAUAACUAAUGAUGAUGGCCAAACUGCUUUGUUUUAUGCAGUUCAACAAAGUAACAACGAAAGUGUGGUUUGUGCAUUGAUCGAUGCUGGUCCUGAUAUUCUCACAUUAAGAGAUAGGUUUGGCAGAACUGCUUUGUUUAACGCAGACUGGAGUUACUUCAACACGACAGGAUGUCAGAUCGUGGAAAAGUUUGGAGGUCUACAUUUGAAGGACAAUUGUAACGUUGAUAUUCUAACUUUGCUCUUUGAAAAAUAUGGAUAUAUGAUGCAAAAGUUUGAUGCUUCAAGGCUGCUGGAGCACGGUGUGAAAAGGGAAAGUCUUGCUACCACAGUAUUAAACAUAAUGUUUAGAAAAACUGUGACAUAUGCAUUCCYUGUGAGUGACGUUGAACUKCUGAAUUUGGUUCAGCUCUAUAGUGAAUUUGUGAACGACGAUAAUUACAGUGAGCAAAUACUACUAGCAUUGGAAAAUAUUUUGAAGUUGUUAAAGGAAGGCGCUGAGAACACACCAAAAGCUAUUGAAUUACUGGUCGAAUUGGGAGCUAAUUCGAACAGCGCCGAUUACGAUGGAAACACUGCUCUUCACCAUACGGUUCGUUUACCAUUUCUUGGUGCUUCUGAGGAGCAUGUUAUUGGAUUAUGUCACCAGUUGGAUAAGCUUGGCGCACAGUUAAAUGCAAGAAACCAUCAAAAUCAAAUGCCUCUUCUGUUUUGCUUGUCUGGAGACAUAAGUCGUGUGACAGAAAGUAAAUUGCCAUCAGCAAUUAAGGCGGUGCGUAAAGUUUGUAUGUUCCUGCUCAAAAGAGGGUCCAUUGUAGAAGAAACGUCACGAACCGGAGAAUCUGUUUUUCACUUGACCAUGAAGUUUUUUCCAGUCGGCUUUAAACUACGACAUGAGACAAUAAGACAGGAGUUCCUGCGAGAAGUGAUCGAACUCUUGCAGUCGUUUCCAAGUACCAAAGUAUUGAAAACAAAUGUCGUUAACAAACGUGACAUCCACCUUGACACACCGCUGCACCUUUGGGCUAAACUUGCGUUUAACAGGCCUGAAGAAUAUUCUCGCAGUGUUAUCAAGAACUGCACUUUUGAGGAAUUUUUAUCAAUAAUUUUCAAUCACCUUUUGGAAUGUGGAGCAAAACCCUUCGACAGAAAUGAGAAUGAGUUAACUCCAUUGCAUAUGUGCAUGACUUGGAGUGCUGUCAAAAUUUUAAUUGCGGCCGGAGCAAACCCUAACGUAGUGGCGGCGUUAGGACAAAGCCCACUUCUUGUUGCAGCAAUAAAAAGAGGACCUGAAGAUCUUGAUCGUUUUUAUCCAGACGUUUCAGAAGAUCCAAAGUCGUUUUGGGAGAAGUGUAUCGAAAAAGGACUCGAUCCUUGGGCAGUUAACAAACAUGGCGAGUCUGUCUUGAGUAUCCUCAUCCAAUCAGAGACGUUCGUUCUUUCUAAAGCGUUGGUUGACGUGGCCUGUGAGAUGAACUACACGCAAUCCGAAACAGUCACCACGAAUUUGCUGAAUGCUAUCUGUAAAGAUCAAUCUACGCGAACACAUUGGAAAGCAGUUCUUCUCAAAGAUAUAUUGAAUUCCAGGAAGUGUCGCACCACUGCAGUUACACCACUUCGUUUUUGCUGUGGAAACAUAAUAGAACUGGCGAAGUAUCAAAAAGGACCUGAAUUGUACAGUACCGUGCACUGUGAAAUUCUAAAAUUGCUGCGACGGUAUAGAGCGAAAUCGGAAUCUUGUCUUGACAUGCCGAAAUUUUGUCUUGACAUGGCGGAAUCUUGUCCUGAACUGAGAGAUCUCCUAGAAAAAUCUGUUGAUUUUGACGAAGUUCUUAUUCCUUGGACGUCAGUGUCGAAGAAACACGAGGACAAGUUGGCCAAAGUUGCCAAGCGACAAGACUUUCUUGUAGUCGGCGAUCAUUUCUGGUUGCACAAUGACUACAUAGGAUGUGGUGCAUUUGGUCAUGUCUUUGCUGGAAUCAACGACAAGGAUGGCAGAGAAGUGGCCAUAAAACGUAUUGAAAAGUUGCGCAUGAAACAACCACAAGACAAACGAGAAAUUACCAAUCUCAUCGCGCUUGCAGACUGUGAGCAAGUCCUACGCUAUUUGCAGUUCUUUGACGACGAAGACGGAAUGUUUUCCUAUGUUGUUUUAGAAUUAAUGGAAGGAAAUCUUGACGACUACCUCACUGGGUCGACACACGAUAGUAGAAAAGGCACACAACUUUGUGAAGACGUAAUCAAGGGGAUGGAGUACUUGCACAAGAAGAAUAUUCUCCAUCGCGACCUGAAGCCUGGCAAUAUUCUCUAUAAGACAGAUUCAAAACUUUGUUUGAAAAUUGCUGACUUUGGUCUAAGUCGUCAUAUAGAUUCUACAGCUACAACCGUGUAUGGUACCAAUGCAGGAACGAGGUGUUGGAUUGCUCCCGAAGUGUUUGUAGAUAAACUCGAUCAUUCCAAGUCAUCCGACAUGUUUUCAUGUGGACUUGUUCUUCAUUACAUCUUGUCGGUACAAAGGCAUCCAUUUUCUCAGAAUAAUACGCAACCGGUUCACGAGGUAGAAGUCAAUAUAGCAAGUGGCAAAAUGGUAGGAUGGGAUAAACCUCUUUUUCCUGAAGCCACACACCUCGUUAAAAAAAUACUGGGAAGAAAUUUCAAAGACCGGCCGACUGCAGAAGAAGCCCUGGAUCAUCCGAUGUUCUGGUCAAAGAACAAAAAGAUUGAUUUUCUGACAGCCGUAGGUAACCAGUCCGUUUUUGAAUUCCCACGUGCUGGAAAAUCAAUUUGUUUAAGCGCCAUUGAAACAGACUUAGAGACGACUUUCAACACCAUAGUCCGAAAAGGAGCAUGGAAUGAUCCAGGUUAUUCCCACAUGCCUGUAAUCUUCGAUGAAAUGGAGAAAAGAAGAACCUACGACGUUUAUUCUGCAGUAGAGUUGGUGCGUUUGAUAAGGAAUGCAUACGCACACGUCUCGGAAAGCACCAGACCCACAGUAAUCAGGGAUAGGUUGCUGGAGGACUUCGUGGUUUUAGAAUGUUUUCCGGAUCUCGUGACGGAGGUGUACAAGGUUGUAACUGCUCAUGGAUGGGACCAGACAAAAGAAGAAGUCAAGUACUCGAUGAAAAAGGAAAGGAAUUCUCGAUGAUCAAGUUAUAAGAUCAUGAUGACUGUACUGUUGCAAUUUCAUGGUCUCGUCAAACUACGAUGAACUCUGCAUGCUCGAUCAUCAAGACAUAGUGUUGAAUGGACAAGUGUGGACACUGUUUCGGUCGGGUUUGUGUUUGUAGGGUAUUUUGCCCUUAAACACUUUGUAAAUAGCAUAUUUUAUUCAAAGUCAUUCUCAUAACACAGUAUUUAAGUGUUUAUGAUCGAGUUAUUUCAUCUAAUAAAACACCAUUUUAGCUUGGUCGCAGAUUUUUUCCCAUUUCAAACACGUGUCAUUUUCACUGGACUAAGAUUUACAAAACAUUUAGGUAAUAUCGGAAACAUUUGUUUCUCAGGACACGUGGCUUUAAAUGGGAAAUUUUUAAAAUAUUUAGAUGGUUCUAUAGCUAAGAGUAAUGUUAGUAAAAACUAACUUGCAUGUUUCUAGGUUUUGCAGAGGGAGAAAAACCGGAGAACCCGGAGAAAAACCCUCGAACAAAGGAAGAGCCCUGACAAACUACUCACCAAUCUCGAACCCAGAGUCUUCCAGCUUUUUGGUCACCGGGAUGACAUGCAUGUUUCUAGGCAGGCGCAGAUGAUCGACAAAGUAGGAAGACGCAGGAGGACUCUGGGUACAAGAUGAGAUCUCAAGUCCAGGAAUCGAACCAGGAAUCCAGAUCUCGGUGAGAGGUAAGUCCACCAGUUGUCACUGAUACCACCAUUGUAAUACCUCUUAACUGAUUUGGCAUUUUAUGACUUUGAAAUCUUGAAUUUUGAAAUCUAGUGCUUCGCAUAAAAGUCGGUGCAAGUAAACUUUCUAUCAAUCAAUUCUAUAAACACGCACGCGGUUACCAUUUUCCCGCCAUUUUUGAAAUUGAUGCACUGACACAGUCUACUAUUAUUGAAGACCAAGUCACUUGAUACAUAUAAAUACAAUCAUGAUAAAAUUCUGAUAUUUUAUGUUUUGCAAUCUAAAUUCUUUCUAGACUUAGAAUUAAUGUACAACAUUUAUCAACUAUUCUACCAAUAUUACGAUGACAAAUUGAUUUUCUAGUGUCUUAAAUAUAAGUUACAUUGAUUAAAAAGUAUAUUGUAAAGAUAAAUUAAAAGUAGCUUCAAUUUUAAGGAAAA